AUGACACCACGUGGCCGCCUCGUGGGGGGAAAGUACUACAGCCUCCAGCGUCAUGGCCCCCCUCAAGCCUUCUGCCAUGUCGGGGCCCAGGCUCCCGCGCCCUACAACCCCAUCAAGCCGUCAUGCAGACCCAGCCUUCCCGCAACUGGGGCCAGGAACGUCGAUACCUGCGCCGUGAAGACCCUGAAGAAGCGGCGGCUGCCCCUGAAUACCACCCGCUCCCCGCUCAACGGUUUCAAUGGCACGCCCGAGGUGCUCCCCGCGGCCCAGGAGGCCCCCAACACCCCGGAUGCCUCCCCCUGGUGGAUGCAGCUGGGCCCCACCUGGAGCCUGUGCGUCCUGACCUUGGCCUACCUCCACCACUCCACCACGGGCUAUGCCCUGCCCGCCCUCCUGCCCAUAAUCUCCGAGGACCUGCACCUGGUGGAUACCCAGGCCGCCACCCUCACCGCAGGCUACACGGUGUUGUAUGCGCUGGCCAUGCUGCCGCUGGGCAUUGCGGCCGACCGUGUGCAGAGCCGGCCGCGGCUGCUGGCCUGGGGUAUCGCCGCCUGGAGCCUGCUCACGCUGGGCGCGGCGCGCACACACAGCUUCGCGGAGCUCCUGGCGGCGCGCGUGGGCUUUGCCGGGGCGCAGGCCACCCAGAACCCAGUCUGCUUCGCGCUCAUCCCCGACCUCUUCCCCAAGAACCGGACCCGCGCCAUGGCCCUGUACAACGCCGCCAUCUACGCCGGGCGCGCGCUGUCUUUCGGCGUCCUCAUGCUGGCCGUCAAGCUGGGCGUGCCCAAGGCCCUGCAGGACAUGCGCUCCCUGCUGUCCAACCGCGGCUUCUUGGCCCUGACCGGCGCGGCGGCCGUCAACGACGUCGGCUCCUGGGCCCUGGUAGCCUGGCAGGGGCCCUUCUACCAGCGCGUCUACGACGUGGGCCCUGAGGUGUAUGCCCCCCUGCUGGCGGUGGUCAUCCCUGUGGGGGGCCUGCUGGGCGGCGUGGGCACGGGGCUGGCCGGCGACUGGCUCCAGCGCCGCGGCCUGGGCUCCCUGCUCACCGUCGGCUCCAACCUGGCCGCCGCGCCGGUGCUGGCCGCCUCCAUGCUCAUGCCCGACCACCGCUCCUCCAUGGCGGUGCUGCUGCUGGGCUUCGCGCUCUCCGAGGCCUGGCGCGCGCCCGCCGCCGUGGCCUUGCGCGACGUGUCGCCGCCGGGGCGUGGGGCCGCGGCCUCCGCGCUGCACCUCUGCCUGCGAAACCUGGUGGGCGGCGUGGGGCCGCUGGCGGUCGCCGCGCUCGCCGGACGCGUGGGCCUGCAGCACGCCAUGCUGCUCGUCCCCGGCUGCUUCUUCACCUCGGGCCUGGGCUUCUGGGCGGUGUCUCGCCUGAACAAGGCGCAGGCGGGGCGGUGA